GAAACUCACUUUCAUCUUCUAUUACAUCCAGAGAAGGGUUCUCUAACAAUGGCCGCUUCGGGGUUGCCCAUAUCAUCAGGCAGCGCCGGCCCAAUUCUGCCAUUGGCAAGAGCCCCCAGCCGCAACCAAAGCUUCCAACGAAACCCAAGCCGCCGCGUUCUCUUCUCCGAAACCCCCGCUCCCAAACACCAGUCUCGUAAUUGGGAUUCCGGCCCCGAGAGGAACAAUUUCCCCGAAAUGCCUCCCAAACACCAGGCUCGUAACCGGGAUGAGGACAACCUGUCCGAAAUAUCAACCAAACCCCGGGCUCGCGAUUGGGACUCGGGCGACGAUGUCAAAAGAGAACGUCGCGGGCGCAGGCUGUGCUGUGCCUGGACGUCUUUGGUCGUCGGUUUUCUCGUUCUUGGGCUCAUGCUGUUGGGUGCAUUGUCCCUCUCUUUUGUCAAGGGCGCAUUACCGGAAUUCCGCAUCAAGAGUCUAAACAUCUCCAGACUCGAGAUUUCAAAGAAAGACGAAAACACCCUUUUGACCGCCGACAUCCAACUACUCAUCAACGUCACCAACAAAAACGACCGGUAUGACCUGUCCUAUAGCGUGUUGAGCGUCGAAGUCUCGUCGGAAGACAUUAACCUGGGGAAGAAAGAGGUCGCAGCGUUCAAGCAGAAUCCGAAGAAGGUGUCGUUACUGAAUGUGUCGACAGAGGUUAAGAAGUCGGUGGUCGAUGAUGCGGCCGCUGAUGAUUUGAAAUCGAAUUACAAAGACCUGCAAGUGGUGAUUGAUGUGGUGUUCGAAGGGAGCAUAACUGUGAACAUGGAAGGGCGUAAGUUGAGCGGGUUGCCUCUGAAAGUGCUGUGCUCUAGUAUUCAGCAGGUUGACAUCGACAAUGGGCUGCAGCCGCAAUGCCGGGUCAAAAUGUUCCAUUUCUUGUGAGAUGGAUCCAACUUGUGGCGACACCGUCAUGUUUCUUGACAUUGGUGAAGUUCGUCGGCAAAACGGAGUUGCGUACCAAAGAUACGUUGGAUCAGAUAGCGAGUUAUCAAAAAGGAGUCGUGAGAAAACUACUCCUCGUGCUUAGCUAGGCAUGAUUAAUGAAGAUUACAUUGUGGAGACAUAUUCAUUUUUUUGAAGUAUAUAUACUAGCAGUAAAAGUCUUCUUUAAUUAGUUUUUGACAAUCUAGGAAAUUGAUCCCCGCUUCCUCCCUGCAAAUAUAUGUACUCUAAUCAACUAAAUUGUUAUUUCCUGUGUU